AUGAUCAUCCGACAUUUAACAAGAGCUCUGACGAGAGCCACAUCACUGCGAUCCUCCCGUUUGCAGCCUUUCGUCUUCCCGAGAUCGAUCGCUUCUCCUCUUCUGUCCUCUCCUACACCCAUCCGAUUCAACUCCAACACACCUAGACAACCAUACAACCCACCUGAAAUCAAGCCCAAGCCCACUCAGGAGAAGACAACAGCCGGAUCAGCAGAGAGCAGUCAAGGCAAGCCAUUGAAAGAGAAAGUAGCUCAAGCUUGGUCUACCCCUACUGGAUGGUAUCCUAUCCCUCUCGCACUCGGCGCAUUGGUCCUGCUAGUCGUACAGUAUCGUAAAUCCACGAGAGGAGAUAUCGAAGUGGAGUAUCAGAAUGAGGAAGGUGCGGUGAUUAGGAAGAAUGGUAAGAGGGUGGAUGGACCAUGGCAGGUCCGAGUCCUUGGCGCACUUCCUCUCCGAUCAUUAUCCCAACUAUGGGGAUACCUCAACGGCCUAGUCCUACCAGUAUGGUUCCGACCUUUCGGUUUCAAGCUUUACGCUACUAUAUUCGGAUGUAAUCUGGAUGAAGUACCAAAAGAUCUGAAAGAAUACGAGAGUUUAGGUGAUUUCUUUUAUAGGGAGAUGAAAGAGGGUCAAAGACCUGUUGCGGAUGCUCCGAUGGUGUCACCAGCGGACGGUCGAGUACUUCAUUUCGGUGAGAUCGUAGGAUCUCGCGUAGAGCAAGUAAAAGGUAUAACCUAUUCUCUCGAAGCUCUUCUUGGAUCUGAAUCAUCAUUGCAUGGAGAAGCCAAGUCUAUCCCUAGAAAGGACAAGGAAGGAGGAGAAGUGGUAGAUGAUGAAAAUUUUGCCAAUAUCAACGAUAUACCUUAUUCCCUCGCUUCAUUGUUAGGUAAAGGAAGUGGAUCAGAGAAUGUAGAAGAUAAAUCAUUCGACGAUUCGACUCUACCUAAAACCAAUGAAAAAGAAGUUGACGCCUCUCAUCCGCCUCAAGGACACGAACUGGGACACGAUGCGAGCGUCGCAGCUAGAUUGGGAACUUCAGCUUUGGCCAAUCAGACCAACUCUAAAGGUGAAUUACCAAGAUUAAGCAAUGAGAAAAACAAAUUAUAUUUCAUGGUGGUUUAUCUGGCUCCUGGAGAUUAUCACAGGUUCCAUUCACCGACUACAUGGGUGGUUGAACGACGACGACAUUUCACCGGCGACUUGUUUAGCGUAUCGCCAUAUAUUGCUAAUCGGAUGCAAGACCUAUUCGUAUUGAAUGAAAGAGUAGCUUUGUUAGGAAGGUGGAAAUACGGUUUCUUCUCCAUGGUCCCUGUAGGAGCUACCAACGUAGGAUCCAUCAAGAUCAAUUUCGAUGAAACGCUUCGAACUAAUACACGUAAAAUCACUCAUCCACCUCAUACCUAUGCUGAGGCUGUAUAUUCCUCUGCGUCGAUAUUGAAAGGACAACCGUUAUUGGCUGGAGAGGAGAUGGGAGGAUUCAAGUUGGGAAGUACGAUCGUGAUGGUCUUUGAAGCUCCGAGAAAUUGGAAAUUCAACGUGGAAGCUGGGCAGAAGGUGAAGAUGGGUCAGGAGCUGGGUGUUUUCGAGGAAGAGAAGCAGUGA